UAAUCCCGCAGAACGUGCGCUGACGUCACCGCCUCUCUCCUCCGGUUAGGCGCGCGCGAAAGUAGCGGAGUGAAAUCUCACGCGCUGACGCUGAUCAAACCGCACAGAAACUCUCCAUAAUCUUCAAACAUCUGCAAAAACUAUGGCGGACCCAAAGGAGGCACAAGAUGAUCAUGAUGCAUCCACAGACAAUGUAGAGGACACCAACCAUGACCCUCAUUUUGAACCCAUUGUCUCGCUCCCCGAGCAGGAUAUCAAGACCCUAGAGGAAGAUGAGGAAGAACUUUUCAAGAUGAGGGCAAAGCUGUAUCGUUUUGCCAGUGAGAAUGAUCCCCCAGAGUGGAAGGAGCGUGGGACAGGUGACGUUAAACUCUUGCGACAUUCAGAGAAGGGUUCCAUCCGCCUUCUCAUGAGGAGAGACCGUACCCUCAAAAUCUGUGCCAACCAUAACAUUAUGCCGUUGAUGGAGCUGAAGCCCAAUGCAGGCAGCGACAGGGCCUGGGUGUGGAAUACACAUGCUGACUUUGCAGAUGAAAAACCCAAACCAGAGCUGCUGGCUAUUCGAUUCCUCAAUGCAGAGAAUGCACAGAAGUUUAAGAUGAAGUUUGAUGAAUGCAAAGAAGAGGUCAGAAAGUCCCUAGAAGGUAGCAUGAACAGUGCUAACAAAGUGGCAGAGAAGCUGGAGGAGCUGUCUGUGAAUGAUGACAAGACAAAGAGUUCAGGGGACAAGAAAGAAGAGGUGAAGGAAGAGAAGAAAGAGGAGAAGGCUGGUGUGGAGGAGGAGGAGGAGGAGGAGGAGAAGAAGAAAUGAGCCCAGGAACGUAGCUCCAUACGGAUCCUCCACUUGCCAUUUCCCCCUUUUCUACAACAGACUCUGAAAAUGAAAAAUUGGACACUUGUUUUCUUUUUGGCCUCGACUUCACAAGACCUUGGUGCCACUCUUAAUGCAUCCGUUUCUCAAUCAUUAAGAUGUUGUGAGCUUUUGUCCCAUUCACAAACUCCCAUAUCGCCCUUCAUUUUCCCAUACAUUGUGGACCAGUCAUCAUGUAUUUGUGUAUUUACACGACAUGCUAUGAUACAAGGCUUGUGCUAUUGAUUGAUUCCCACAUUGGGUAACCUCUUUUGUUGUUUUUCUUUUGUACUUUAAAGAGUUAUAUUGCGAGUGUCUAGAUGAGCACUGUCUGAUAAGAGAGCGGGCUGUAUGAGUUGAUAGGGAGAAUGAGUAUCUGAGAUCUUCAACUUUUCCUUACAAUAAAGUCACACGAGGAGCAUUUGACUUCUCUGUGGCUUGAAUUUACUAUUGAAUGACUAAAAUGACUCAUUUUUCUGUGGAGGGCUUCUUCUGGGAACAAAUAAAAUGUCAGCUCUGUCAUGAAUAACUGAAGGAAGUUUUCAUCCUGUUAUGAGUGUGACCCUCUUCUGUUUGAAAUGGUAAUCAAGAAAAUAAAAAAGUGGUUGACUGUCAAUUGAUUGUGGCAAUAAGGUUUUAAAAUGUUGAGGGACCC